AGGAGAACCUGCUGUGUGCGUUCCUUCCCCUGCUGGUGAAAGUCUGCAGCUCCCCAGGACGCUACUCCCACCCGCAGCUCACCACUGCUGCAUGUCUGGCACUCUCUCAGUACAUGAUGAUAAGCCCAUCUGUGUGUGAAGAAAACAUCCGUCUCAUGUUCACGGUGCUGGAGCGCUCCACUCUUCCUGUGGUCAGGGCAAAUGCCAUAAUAGCCCUGGGAGACCUCACCGUCCGUUUCCCAAAUAUCUUGGAGCCCUGGACACAGAACCUCUAUGCCAGGCUCAGCGACGAGGUUCCUUCAGUGAGGCAGACAGCUGUGACAGUUCUAACUCAGUUGGUGCUUAAGGAUGUGCUCAAGGUCAAAGGUCAAGUCAGCGAGGUGGCUGUGCUGCUAAUUGACCCAGAGCCUCACAUCACAAGCCUGGCCCUGAACUUCUUCAACGAGCUGGCCUCCAAGGACAAUGCGAUCUACAACCUGCUCCCAGAUAUCAUCAGCCGCCUGUCUGACCCAGAGAGAGGCAUGACCUCUGAGGACUUCAACACCAUCAUGAAACAGCUAUUCUCCUACAUUACCAAGGAGAGGCAGACCGAGUCUCUGGUAGAGAAACUGUGUCAGCGCUUCAGGACUGCCAAGUGAGUAAAUCUCCACCUCA